CGGCUGCCGCUCCCGGAGCCGCGGCUCCACUCGCGCUCCGCGGGGACUCGGGACGCUCUCGCAGCGCCCGCCGCCCGAAAAGUCCGGCUCGGCCCGCGCCCGCCUCGCGCGCUCACGCCCCCACGAGCGCGCCCACACCCCCACUGGCUCACCCGCACCCUCGCACGCGCGCACUCACACGCGCUCACGGUCCCACUCCUGCCCGCUUCCCUGCGGCGGCGCGAGAGCGCCGAGGGGACCCACGGCCUUCCCAUGGCUGACCUGAGCUUCAUCGAAGAUUCCGUCGCCUUCCCGGAGAAGGAGGAGGAUGAAGAGGAAGAGGAGGAGGGGGUGGAGUGGGGCUACGAAGAAGGUGUGGAGUGGGGCUUGGUGUUUCCCGAUGCUAAUGGGGAAUACCAGUCUCCCAUUAACCUAAACUCAAGAGAAGCUAGAUAUGACCCCUCACUUCUGGAUGUCCGCCUCUCCCCAAAUUAUGUGGUCUGCCGAGACUGCGAAGUGACCAAUGAUGGACAUACCAUUCAGGUUAUCCUGAAGUCAAAAUCAGUUCUAUCAGGAGGUCCAUUGCCUCAAGGGCAUGAAUUUGAACUGUAUGAAGUUAGAUUUCAUUGGGGGAGAGAAAACCAGCGCGGUUCUGAGCACACAGUUAAUUUCAAAGCUUUUCCCAUGGAGCUCCACCUGAUCCACUGGAAUGCCACCCUGUUUGGCAGUAUUGAUGAGGCCGUGGGGAAGCCACAUGGAAUUGCCAUCAUUGCUUUGUUCGUUCAGAUAGGAAAAGAGCAUGUAGGUCUGAAGGCUGUGACUGAAAUCCUCCAGGAUAUUCAAUAUAAGGGGAAAUCCAAAACAAUACCCUGCUUUAAUCCUAACACUUUAUUACCAGAUCCUUUGCUGCGAGAUUAUUGGGUCUAUGAAGGCUCUCUUACCAUCCCACCUUGCAGUGAAGGUGUCACCUGGAUAUUAUUCCGAUACCCUUUAACUAUAUCCCAGCUACAGAUCGAAGAAUUUCGAAGGCUGAGGACACACGUCAAGGGGGCUGAACUUGUGGAAGGCUGUGACGGGAUUUUGGGAGACAAUUUUAGACCCACUCAGCCACUUAGUGACAGAGUCAUUAGAGCUGCAUUUCAGUAGCCGACGAGAACAGGAACGAGACUGCCUUCAUCUGGGGAGGAAGACAAUGAUCCUAUAGUGCCCUUGGAUGAGAAACGGAAACUUUUGAGCCGCACCUUCAGUUUAUCCUCAAAGCCUGCAUUGUUUGUCUUCAUCUAAUCCAGCUUUGAUGGACAUCUGUGACAGUUGCCUAUACACGUGCUCUAAUGAAAUAUUAGAAAUGGCUGUACAUUCCGAAGAAACCCAGUGUUGUAUCCCCACGUCACUGCUGCUAGUAUUCAUAUUUUUGCACAUACUGUUGAUUGCUUAUGUGUAGAAGAAAUGAAACUAGUUUUCAGAGUUGUUAUUAAUAUGAAUAUAUAUCAUGUAUUAAUACCGAGACAGGAAAAAUACAUUCCCGGUGUUAGCAAUCCUUCAUUUCCUGUCUCCGAGAGAAAAUUCCGUCAUUCGGAGAAUAAUGCAAUUCUUGAUAAUAAAUAAGAGUUUUGAUCAGGAACAGCACACGGCUUGAAAAUGGAAUGUGAAGGAUUAGUAAAAGUCCUAUCUCAUGUUGUUUUCAGCCCUCAUAGCACAAUUAAUGUCAGGCUGGUUAUUAUGCAAAACAAUUUGGGAGUUAAUGCAAGAACAAAAUUGCUUUAUAUAUUUCUCAAAGGAUCGAAUUGAAUGUAUGAAUCUAAUUGUAUUUAUUUGACAUAUUAGAAGCUCUCGUUUCUAGGAGUUUGAGAAAGGCAUAAAAAUAGGGUAAAACGUAAGUGGGUACAACAUACCAGGAAUAGCUUUAUUUUCCACGAUAGAAGUGUAAAUUUAAUAGUAUCCUAUAGUAAUUUAGUGUUGUACGUUUCGUAAGACCUUAAGGUAUUUUAUUCUAUGGACUUUAGUAUAUUGAGCCAUUGCUUUCCAAGAUGAUCAAUAAUAUCUUUAUUUUAAUUAAUUUGAAGCGCUACUGGUAAAUGUAAGCAUAUGCUUAGAUGCAGUUAGAUGUGACAGAAUGAGAUAAUUUUGUAAAGCAGUAGAGUGCCUGGCACAAAGCAAGUACUUAAUAAAUGUUAUCUGUUGUUAUAAUUACUGUUGUAAAACCGAAGACUUCAUAAUCCCAAUUUGGAGGGAUUUUGUGAUGCCAAAAGUUGGAAAUCCUACAGGUGCAAUAAGUGUGUGUCGUGAGAUUUUAGGUGUGUUGGAUAGAGGCUGUAGUACUGAAAACAUUAAAUACAAAUAAAAAUCA